UAAACAUAACAGCAGCAGGUGCUCGUUGACAGUGACCAGAACGGUAACAUAUUGAAUUGUUAAUUUAUCUGUUAUACACUUCUAUCUUACAAAGGACGGCUUCUAUUUAAAACAACGACAGUUGACAUGCUUAAACUAAGCAUUUUGCUGGUGAUCGUACCGGCAUUAUGUCUUGGGUUUGAGGUGAAAAACCACAAUACCAAGGAGGUUGGUGAAGCACUGGAUGAAAUCAACACAGCUUGCCCAGACAUCACCCGUAUCUACUCCGUUGGUGAUUCUGUCCAGCAUCGCCCUCUGAAAGUGAUAGAAUUCUCUACCUCCCCAGGAAAACAUGUGAUAGGUGUGCCAGAGUUUAAGUAUGUGGCAAACAUGCAUGGAAAUGAGGUGGUAGGACGUGAAAUGCUUCUGAAGCUUGGUAUGUACAUGUGUGAGGAGUAUAAAAAGGGCAACAAGACAAUCACCUGGCUCAUCCAACACACUCGCAUUCAUCUCAUGCCUACCAUGAACCCAGACGGAUGGGAGGCAGCUAAUAAAAGUCCACUAGAAAAGAAUGGUCAACAUGACUGGCUCAAAGGACGGGCAAAUGCACACAAUGUGGACUUGAACAGAAACUUCCCAGAUUUAGACAGGGUUAUCCGUCAGAGGAAUGGGCCUAACAACCAUGUAGAAAAUGAAAAAGAGGCUUUGAAAACUCCAAAUCUGCAGCCAGAGACAAAAGAACUAAUUCGUUACAUCAUGGAGAACCCUUUUGUACUAUCGGCUAAUCUGCAUGGUGGGGACCUGGUAGCUAACUAUCCUUUUGAUGAGAGCUUGCUCAGGGGAGUAUCGAAGUAUGCAGGGGCACCAGAUGACGAAACUUUCAGGUACCUGGCUCUCAGUUAUUCCCUUUACCACACUCUGAUGGCAAAAGACCAUCCCACAUGUGACAUGUCUGGUGACGAUGACUUCGCCAAACAGGGAGGGAUCACCAACGGAGCAGCCUGGUAUUCUGUAGCUGGAGGUAUGCAGGACUUCAACUAUGCAGCAAGCAACUGUUUUGAGAUUACUGUGGAGCUUGGUUGUGACAAGUUUCCCAAGGACGAAGCCAAAUAUUGGAUACAGAACAAGGAAUCACUAGUCAACUUUAUGUUGCAGAUCCACAUUGGAGUGAAGGGAGUAGUGAAAGAUGGUGUAACCAUGAAACCACUGAGGGAUGUAACUAUUAAAGUUUUCAAAAAGACGCCAGAAACAAGGGAAGGCAGGACGUACAUAGCACACGACAUCACCACCUUCAAGGAUGGGGACUACUAUCGUCUGCUUGUUGACGGAACCUACAUGAUUGUCGCUGAAAAACCGGGAUAUACCAGCCAGAAACAGAAAGUGAUUGUGAAAAACCAUCCUCUCAAUGAAGCUUUAAAAUUAGACUUCAUUCUGAUGCCAGAGACAUCAAAUGGAAACACGGAAAUGAAUUUUGAGAAACUAGGCAGUGGAAGAACUGGCCUAAGCAAUAAAUACAAGGAAUCUGAGUAUGCUGACUACCUCCGACGUCUACAAAGAGUCCUCCAAAAUCGCCAGGACCAAGGUUAACUCAAGCCUUGAAAACAGCACAGGCACAACCUGAGCUAUUGUUAAGUCUGUUUUUAAUAGAAAUCGUAUGGUAUUAUAUAAAUAUAAACCAUGAAAAGUUUUGUCAUCCUGGAAAAAGGCUACAUCAAACAUGAAUUAUGUUUGCUUAACUGGUUGUUCGAGUACAGAUCUGGAAAUAUUUUCAAAAUUAAACAGAAAUCAUCCAUGCCUAACUAGUCACAUCAAAAAAACAUGUUUCGUGUGGUUUGCAUGGAUAGAAGUUGGAAAAUAUCUUCAGAUUUGUCACUUAUGACUUUCAUGAAAUCAAUCAAAAGAACUAGAAUUCCACCACAAAUACAUUCCACCAGUUUCUAUCUUAAACAGCAACAAAAAAAAACAUUAUUUGAAUUUUAUUUGUUGAGAAGUUAUCAUAAUUUGAACAUCAUUAAUAAUCACAUAUGCAGUAUGUCUGAAAGACCCUUUUAAGUUUAAAACCUCUUCAAGGUUUCUGCAUUAAGGAAUGGACUCAGAUUUCUUUCAAGAUUGAUGUAAUUUUCCUUUUUGCUUUAUUUCAUGAAAGCCUAUGACAAUACAGACAAUACAUAGUAACGGAACAUUACUGAGGUACAUAUGUAACAUUCCCUUUCUAUGGUAAAAUGGCAUUUUUUACUGGAUUUUCAUUUAUAAAAGAACUAACACAUCAGUAGUAAUUAUUUUUGUGGUAGAAGGGAAGUCUAAUUAGUACUAGGGUAAUAGGGAAAAUAAAUAUAUUCAGUAAUAAUCCUCAAUUGCAUGCUAGAUAAAUUUAUUUAGAUGGAGUUAAAAUUAGGGGUAACUUGUGGAGUUAUCUCCCCUUUUCUUUCUAAAGAAUGAGGGAAAUUAAUUGUAUUACCCAUCGUAAACAUUACACUGGUAAAAUGUAUAUGGUAAUUAAAUGAUAGUUAUCCUGGUUAAUGGUAAAUAUAUUGCCCGGUGCAUUAAAAAUACCAACAAAAAACAUUCCCCCAAAAGAUGGGGUGGUUCAGUUAUAGAAUUUAUUUAAAAGGGGAAUACAUCUUGGUAGGGAAUCUCACAGGACAAUAUUAUUUAUGUCAUAGAGAUCUUAAACGUUACUUGUUAUAUUUCAAAUAUUAUUGAAAUGUUAAUAUUGAAGAUUGCCAUUUAUUGAUACCCGCAGUAAGGGGUGACUAGUCAAAUCUCAUAAAUACACUGUCUCUCUUGAUGAGGGUGGUGUUUUGAUAGCUUUAUCUUAUUUUAGAAUAAACUUAUGUUGUAUAAAUUCCAAUAAUUUAAUUUUAAGGUCACCUGAGAAGAACUUUAUUCUUAUCACAUUUUGUCUGAAAUGCAUCGUUUGCCCUGAACUAAUUUAAAUUUUCGACUUCUAUUAAACCCAUGUACUAAUUUCAAUGAAAUUUUGCAGAAAUCUCAAAUGGCCAGAAACCUCCAAUGGCCAAAGGUCAACUAAGAUUGUGAAUUAUAUGAUCUCCACCCCCAGAGGCCUGAGGGGUGGGGCAAAAAUCUCCUUUUCAAUACCCAGAUAAGAUAGAAUCAAAUAAUCUUCAUAAAGGAAGGCUCUUAAGGUGUUUAAUCAAUAUUGUGAAUUUCAUGACCAGGGGUUUCAUGUUUGCCCCUGGGGAGGAGGUAAACUUUACUAGAGUUUAUUUAAGGAUAUAACAUCUUUGAGCAUGAUUUGUUUAAUUGCCAUUGGAGAUAAUACAAUCUUGGUUAGAAUGUUCAGAUGGGAUGGCAGUUCAAUGGUAUGCACAUGAUGGCUCUAACUGACUACCAGCGGUGGAUGGGCGGGGCUAAGAAGGGCUAAAUUGACAGAAAUAUUUCAGAACACAGGUGACCGUUAAGGCCAAUAGGCCUCUUGUGAUAGACAUUGUUUUAUAUUCAAUUUUUACAGGGUCUAUCUUUUAAAUCUUUCCUAACUGUUUCUGAUCAGCAGUAAAUCCAUUGUAUUUAAAAUCAAUUUUGCGAUGUCUAUUGGCAUACAUUAUCGUGAUUGUUGUUUGGUAUAUUUCAUACCUGUGUAAAGAUGUUAUGAAAACUAUUAUUUAAAUGAUAUUGUAAGAUGUGUUAAACAUUGACAUGUUAAAUCUUUGUAAUAUACAUGUAUUACAAACACACUUUUUGAACGUCUUAUAAGAUUGAUGGCAAAUCUACAUUUUUGCAUGUUAAAAUGAAUAACAUUAUCAUGCAUAGAAUGGUUGUUAUAUGGAUAUAGAGUUGUUAUGAAAAAAUCCUGAGGUUGUAAUAUGUUCAAAACAAGUGCAAUAAUCACACCUGUUAUUUCAUUAUCCAGCUGUGGUAUAGACUGCAGUUUGUAGAAUUAUUGUUACCAUGUUCGACCUAAUAAGCACACCUGUCCCUAUAAGCAAAACCCCACCUUUUUUGGGAAAAGUGGAUGGGUGUCGUAAUUAAACAUAUAAAUAGUUCCUAACUUCACUGAUCUGCUAAAAUAAUCUUCAGUCUUUUGACCAAAGAUGAAAUCGUUUUCAUAAUACAGUGUAUAAAAGUAUGUAAAUGAAGAAAACAGUUGUCACCCAUUCUCACAGAAAUUUGUCUCUUUACAUUGUUUUAUCAAGCCCACCCCUUUUGUGUUUGUGUAAGUGUACUGUACUUAUUAGGUCGAAUACAUUAUUGUUUCUGAAAAAGCAGCACAGGUAGGUCAGGAAUAAUCUGACUUUAUUUAGAAACAGAACAUUCACCAUUUCGUUGGCUAUUGUAAUGUAAUUGUUUUAUUAUUGUUUACUACUGGAUUAGAUUUGAUUUCUAAGAGUUCCUUUGCAAUCAAUGUAAAAAAUAUUCAAUUCGGCAAAAAAGUCAAAUAAGUUUGAAUUGAUUUAAAAUAUUUUGAAAAUCACUGUCUCUAUAUGAUGCUAUUAGUGAUGAAAAGUCCUGGUCCAGUUGCUAAGAAAUGUAAGGCCAUGGCCUUCUUACAAAAUUUGAAAUGCAACUUUUGACAUAAUUCUAUUGCUUCAUUGUAUGUAAAGGUCACUUAAUUUCCAAAGUGAAAUUACUAAAUUGUAUUUUAAUGAAGUUACAAACAACAGUUCAAUUAUUUAGGAAUUGUCACAUUCCUUGUAGCUGGUGAAUGUGGAAACAUUACAUCCUUGUACACUAUAAUGAUAUUCCUGGUGAAUGUUGUUUUAAAUUUAAGUGAUAUAACUGGUUGUUUAGAGUUGAUGAACAAAUGCAUGACUGUCAGUGUUGUCAAGUGAUGAACUUUGAAGUAGUAGAUUGAUAUAGUUUUAUAUAUUCUUUAUAUAUUAUACACAAGUUGUGGGACUGUCCUCAAUCAUGAAACUGAUUUUUUUAAUGAAAAAUGUCCAAUAUCACAGGUAGAUAGCCAUUUAUUCAGUGUUGAAAAUCUGAACCUUUGAAAAAAAAUGUUAUGGCAAUUCCCCAACUAUUGUCAAUAUGGCAAAUUGAAGAUUUUUGAAGACAUCCCAAACAUCUACCUGCACAGAUUGAUUUCUAUUCAGGCUUAUAUAUAGGCACAAUUUUUACCCUUGAAUAAUGGUGCAAUUCAAUAGGGGUCAAACAAUAUAUUUUUUUACCUGUCAGUUGUUUCAUAAUUUGGUUCAGGAUAUUAUUGAUCAGAUUUUGAAUUUCAUAUUAUUUCGAAUAAUACACUGAUAAAAGAAAACAAAAAUCAUCAAUACUGUUAGGUAUAGUUUUAUCACACAAUAGUGUUUUGAGUCACAUGUCAUGAAAAGACUUUUUUUAUAAAUAUCCUACUUUGCAAUUAUUUUCACCUAAAGCUUUAAUAAGUACAUCCAUCGAGAAAUUUACAUUUUGCAUUUUUACCGAAAGAUUUAAACCAAAUCAUCUCAACUGAAAACCAGUCUUUCCCUGAUCGACCAAAUUUGUUAGCAUUACACUUUUGAACAAAUGACAAAACAGACAUGUUGCACGAAAUACAAUGUAAACUCAUUAAAUCAAGAACAAAUGAUAUGAACAGAAAGGACCUAGAUAUUCCUAGAGAAAAAUCAAUGUGACUAUCUUAACUUUAUUUAUGUCCACCAGUUUAUUACCGUACUUAAAUCCGACGCCUGUCCACAAUUUUUUAAGAUGACAUCUCCAAUGUGUUGACAUUUUAUUGUCUUCACUUAAAAUCAAAUGAUUCCUCAAAGAUUAUGUGAAUAUAUUGUUUAUAAAUAACCCACCAAAAUAUAAUUGAUGUAUCAGCACAUGUAAGGGUUAGACUAUCUCUAAUAUACUAGUGUUACCAAAGAAUGAAGAACACAAUAUUAUAAUUGUAGAGAGAAGAGAAGUGCUGCAUUGACCUUUACAAAGACAACCAAAUAGUGUUCAGAACAAGUGUUUUACAUCAUUUUAAUACUGUGAGAGCUUACAUCCGAAGGAACAAUCUAAAUAUUUAAAUUUUAUAAUUUUAUUGUUUUGUUUCAGUAGUCGUGUUAUAUCGUCUGUGAUAUGUAAUAAAAUCUCGUUAGUGCAGA